AUGGGUGUGCUGUGGACGAACUACGUUUUCUUCAUGGCGUGUUGCUCUGGAUUAGGGUUUGGAAACCCAAACAGAUGCGACGAAGUGCGGAAAGUUUUCCAACUCAGACAAAUUGGACCAAAUCAAUUAUUGCCGUUAAGCCCCAGACCAGGUUCAGACCUUCAGGUGUGCAUAUCCAAGAACCUGACCUGCUGCACUAAGAAGAUGGAGGAGAGGUACCAGGUGGCGGCCCGGAGAGACAUCCAGAACCUCGUCCAGACGUCCAGCUCAAGCCUGAAGUUCCUCAUCUCGCGCAACGUUGCUGCUUUUCAAGAGACCUUUGAUGUCCUGAUGAGGCAGGCGGAGAAUCACACGAAUGCUGUCUUCCAGGAGUCUUACCGCAACAUGGCUGAUCAGGCAGUGGGCCCUGUGCGGGAACUCUUUACAGAUAUUAGUCUUUUCCUGCUGGGCUCUGAGCUCAACAUUGAUGACUUAGUGCAACGAUUCUUCGACGCUCUCUUCCCGCUGGCCUACAAUCACCUCAUCAACCCAGGCCUCAGCGACCUAUCACCAGGCUACGCUGAGUGCGUAAGGUCGUCCAGCCGGAAUGUAAGACCGUUUGGUGGCGCACCGAGCCUCUUGGCGGAUCAGAUCGCUCGCUCUGGGGUCUCCGGGAAGCUUCUCCUUCAGGCACUGCACCUCGGCAUCGAGGUCAUCAAUACCACAGACCACUUACAGCUGAGCCGCGAGUGCAGACGGGCCCUUCUUAAGAUGCACUACUGCCCUCACUGCCAAGGCUUAACGCAGUCCAAACCCUGCAUGGGUUACUGCCUCAACGUGAUGCGAGGCUGCUUGGCAAGCAUGGCGGACAUCGACACCCACUGGAGGGAGUUUGUUCGCUCGCUGGAGGGCCUGUCAGCACGAAUGUACGGACCUCAGGAUUUGGAGCAAGUGCUUCUGGGAGUUCACACGCUGCUUCACGAUGCUGUCGGAUAUGCUCAGAAAAAUGGCCCCCGCCUCUCAGUACAGGUGCACAAACUGUGUGGCCCACCAAGCAGGAAGCUUGCACAGUCAAUCCGCAUCCAGCACAGCAGCCACAGCAGAGAAUCCAUCCCUCGUAAUGCUCUUGUCAGAGUGUCAGGGGACUCGCUCGCUGUCAGGAGGAGGGACUUUCUGAACAGUCUACGUCUCUACCGUACGUUCUAUGGCGGCCUGGCGGAUCAGCUGUGUGUGAGUGAGCUGGCCUCUGGUGACGGGCUGUCCUGCUGGAAUGGCACCUACAUCGUAAAAAGCUACACUCUCCGUGUGGUCGGCAACGGGAUCAAGGCUCAGAGUGCCAACCCUGAAGUGAAAGUGAAGGGAGCAGACCCUGUAAUAAAUCAGAUCAUUGACAAACUGAAACACAUCAAUCAGCUGUUGCAGGGUAAGUCCAUUCCUAAACUGGGGUCACUGGACCAGAUAGAAACAGGAAGUGGAGACGCAGAGGGACGUUACAGCGGCGACUGUGAUGAUGAAGACGGCUGUGGUGGUUCAGGUGGUGGAGAGGGGAAGAGGAAAGUCUCCAGAGUCUCCAACUUGAGUCCAGAUGUGACCCGUGAUCACAAACAUCAUCAUCAUCAUCAUCAUUAUCCACCUGCAGAGGAUUCAGAGAUGGAUGGCAGAUCCAGGGGUCUUGGACUGACAGGGGCCAUUUGGGUCUUGAUACUGCCUUGUUUACACAUGCUCAUGGCCUUGUAACAGCUGCCUUUUUGCAGCAUGAAACUUUCAAGACUUGUUUUCAAGCUUAUUUAUCCAGAAACGAAAGUUCCAGUGGAUGUAACAAGCUUUAUGUAAUGGAGCACCACUUCCGCACAGUGUAGUGCACGGUACCCUGCCAACCCUAGUGAUCGUGUGGAAAGAACAAGACACUGCGACCUAUGUAAGACGGCAUAUGGUUCAGCUUUGCGAAUAGUAAUUAUUUUUUACCUGGCAUUCAAUAACACUAAUAAUGACUUAUUUAUAACAGCGGAUGUUGAGAGAAACGACAACUUAUGUUAGAAAAGUUUGGUAUUAAUUUAAUUGUAUUGCUACAUAUAAUAUAUAUACAUAUAUAUAAAAGCACUAAUUUGCAUCUGCAUAUGAUUAUAAUAUAGCACAGGUUGCACUGCAUUUAAAUGGGGUUCAAAAAUUGCUGUGAAAUGAGUCAAUUAAUCUAAAUGGAUAGUUUGAAGUUGAAUUUGAAAUUGAAAAAAAAACAUCUGCCCAGCUGUUACAGUUAGCUCUUACAGUUGCAAUAAUUAUACAAACUUCUGAGUAUCAACCUGUGUCUUUACUGACAUUUCUUCAUACAAAAGUGCUUCAGAUUGUAGAAAUCUUACAAUAGGAUCUCAGAUAUGGUCCGUAUGUUCUUAAGCAUUUUGCUAAUAAGAACAAAAAAGGAUUCAAGACAUCUGCUAUUUGCUUUUAAUAGCUGCCAUUGUAUUCAAAGUCCAUUAAAUUGGCUUAUUUUAAUUGCAAAAUUGACGUGUAAUGCUAUUGCUGAGGGAAACUGUGAAAGGGGAGGGGUGGCCGGGUGGAAGUCGUUGGCAAGUGAGAUAGUUCAUACUCCUUUCUUCUUUAGGAAUAGAUUAGUUUCUUCAGGAGUCUAUUAUCAUCUUUCAAACUCAAUCCUCCUCUGGACGGGAGCUGAUAGCUUCUGGAGUCACUGGUGAGGAAGAAUCCAAUUGCUCCUACCUACUACCUAACUACACUGCUGGUGUGUUACUGGCAGGUUCCUUUGCAGA